UUUCUGUGAACGUUCGCACGUACAUGGGAUGGUGGUGGUGGCGGCGGUAAUAACGUCGCUAUCAUCAGAGGCAGCGACUGGGGCGUGGCAGAGAAAACCCUGCUGAUCGAAAAGGCGGAGCUUGGAAUAUAUUCUCUCUUUCUCUCUCUCAACACACAUCCCUCCUCUUCUCCAGGGUUUUGCUCUCUCUCACCUCCUGCUGCUGCAGAUUGUGUUGAGCCUUCUACUCCAAAAGGUAUAAUACAGGGGUAGGGGAAAUAACCGCGAUUCCGUGUCGACGAAGCACGGGUCAGUCUUGUCAGGCAACCGGUCUGUCGUUACUCGCAAACGUUCCGGUUUUUACUCUCACCACGCGAUUUAUUCCUUUUUUUUCUCUCCAAGUGAUCAGUGUAGUGACUAAAGGAUUACAUAUUCCAUUAGAGAAUCUAAAACAGAAAAAUUUUACUAUUAGGGAAUUCUAUUUAGAAUUCUAAGUGUCAUAUCAAAUAGUGGACAUGAUCCUCGGAUAUGUGAUAAGAUAAUUACUUUUUAAAAUACCCAAAAAAGGGAGGGGGGAAUUGGUAUUGAAUUUUUUUUUUUUUUUUUUUUAAAUCAAAAAAGGGGGAAAAAACGUUCUCUAGGGAAACGUUUGAUAUUAGGUGAUGUUGCUGGAGUCGCGUGCCCUCGCCGGAAGGAAGAGAAACGGACUGAUCCUGUCUACUUUUGGGGGUGGUGGAGGCGGGGGAGGAGGUGGUGGUGGUGGUGGCGGUGGAGCCCAAAGUGAAGAGGACGAGGAGGACUCGCGGGGCCUUCUCGGGAAUAAAAUAAUGCAAGCCGAGGGAACCGUCGCCGCCACCACCACGGCUGUUAAUUCAUCAGGAUUAUCAGGUUGCACAAGAGACGAGGGUGAUGAUAGUUCUAGUCAGUCACCUAAUGGAAGCCUUAAUAAUAUUACUAAUAAUAAUAAUUGUAAUUCAAAUCGGCAAUGUGCAACUGACUUUAGUAUUGCUGCGAUUAUGGCAAGGGAUUCUCGACAUCAGCAACAACAACAACAAACGAUUCAUCAGAAUCAUCAUAUUCGACAUAGUCAACAAUUGGCCGUCGGCGGAGGAAAACUACAUCAGCAUGAAAGAGAACCAAGCGUUUCUGGAGUUGUUCGAGGACCACCGCCUCCAGAAUCGGGGGAUAUUGAAGAUGAACAGGAAACGGAUGAUACUGGAAGUACAAGUGGCAAAGCACCAUCACCAUCGAAUCCACUUCUUCAGGAAAGAUCAAAUUGUGAUGAACUCAGGCACGUGAUAUGUCAUCUAGAGACCAAGGAACUUUGGGAUAAAUUCAAUGAACUCGGCACUGAAAUGAUCAUCACAAAAACUGGAAGGCGAAUGUUUCCGACGUGUCGUGUUUCGUUCAAUGGUCUGAGACCCGAGGGUCGAUAUGCGGUUCUUAUGGAUAUCGUGCCAGUGGAUAACAAAAGAUAUAGGUAUGCUUAUCACAGAAGUUCAUGGUUGGUUGCUGGAAAAGCUGAUCCACCAGCACCGGCACGUUUAUAUGUUCAUCCCGAUUCUCCAUUCACUGGCGAACAACUAAGAAAACAAGUUGUCUCUUUUGAAAAAGUUAAACUCACCAACAACGAUAUGGAUCGCCAUGGACAUUUGGUUUUGAAUUCAAUGCACAAAUAUCAGCCGCGAAUUCACCUGGUAAAGAGGCCGGACACAGGAAAUGGUGAUCCGAUAGAAGAUCUUGAACGUGAGCCACACAAGACCUUCGUAUUCCCGGAGGCCAUAUUCACCGCUGUCACCGCCUAUCAGAAUCAACUCAUCACGAAGCUGAAGAUUGACAGCAAUCCUUUUGCCAAGGGAUUUAGAGACUCGUCGCGAUUGACGGAUUUUGAAAGUUACCCUUUCAGGGAGACGAUGGAGACAAUGUUGGCGGAACAACAUCUACAGAGGUAUCCCCAUCGAUUUCCAUUUGAGAUGGAUCAAUUGCAAGCGGGUGCGGCAAAUAAUUUGAGCCUCGAGGAAAAAGCACUUUGGGCGGCACAAUCGCAAUUAUUAUUGCGAGCGGCUGCAGCAGCCGCAGCUCCAUACGCUCUUGUUAAUCCAACACUUGUUUAUCCGGGAGCGGCCUCAGCAGCUGCAGCAGCAGCGGCUGCGGCUGCUGCAAGUUCCAGUCAUCAACAACAACAACAACAACGUCAACAAUUGGGUCAUCUUUGGUGGGGUUCAAUUGGACCAACACUUUUUGCCGCUGCACAUCAUCAACAACAACAACAGCAGCAGCAGCAACAACAACAAUUGGCAGCAACAAGUACACAACAAUCAUCGACUGGUCCAGCAGCGCCAAGGCCACUUUAUCCAUCGGCCUUGGCUCUAUCGCAUCAUAGAUUUUCUCCCUAUCACACUUCGCCUACCCCAAAAUCAUCAACCCCUGCUCUUCCUUCACCUUCGCCCUCGAGGAGAGCCACGCCUUCUCCAACUGACAGCCUCUGCCGUGAGGCUCAAGAUUUAUCUCCCUCGUAGUUGAAGAUUUAGGGCUGAGGCUCGAUUAAGGAAUUUCAAGGGUUCUCACUCAUGUUCAUGAGGUGGGUCCGAAUUAGUUUAUUUAUUAUUAUUAUUUUUAUCUUCUCAUAGAGAACCCAGUGAUCGAGAGGUUUUUUUUUAAAAAAAUGCUGUUCCUUUCCUAUUUUUUUGUCAAAAUUUCUGAAAUUUCAAAAAAAUUUCCAAAAUUAUUCAAUGUUUUCGAAAUUAAGAAUUUUGCAAUAAUGCCAAUAAAAAUUUAAAUCGAGAAUAAAAUUUUAUUUAAAAUAAAAUUUCUUUAUUAUAAUUCAAUUAAGUUUCGCAAAUUUUUAUUUAUAUCUUCUAUUAUAGAAAAAAUUUAAAAAAAAAUCGUCUACUUGUAGUUUACGAAUUAAAAUUUUUUUUUUCGUUUCGGCUGCGAUUUGUAGAAAAAUAAUUUAUUUUAAAAUUACCUCGCAUUAAACGGCCUUAACGAGUCGUGCCACCAUUGCACUAAAUUGUACUUUUAAGUACAAUAAUAUUUGUAUAUGUAUAUAUUUGACCCGACGAGAUUCGUUUAAAUUCGGCCCCGUGAAUGUACUUAAAACAUAAACUUAAAUAUGUCUCUAUAUUCUCGAAAAAUCGUGUUCAGAGUUGGCUUUAAAGACUAUAUAUAUAUACACAAUAAUUUUCAUAUAAAAUUUUUAAAAAAUACUGUUUUUACAAAAAAAAAUUUUUAUCCUUCAAUAAUUGUGUGAAUAAUAAUUAUUUAAAAGAAUUCGAAAAUUAAUUUUAAAAAAAUUUUAUUUAAAAUAAGAGUUUUAAACUUCUUAUUCAAAACUAUAUAUUUUACAUUAUUUAUUAAAUUAGAAAAUUUUUUUCUUAUUCGAGAAAAUUAAUUUAUUUAGAAUUUGAAAAAUUAAAAUGUGCCAUAAAAAAAUAAAUUUUUUUUUCAUGAUUUUUUUAUAGGUAUUUAGAUUUUAUUUAAUUCUAUUAAUGUAAAUAAGUAAUUUCAAAUAGAUGUCAAGCCGACUCUGCAUGAAAAUAAAAUAAAAAAAAAAAAAAUUGGAUUACGUCGAUAUCAUUGAGUAAUAUUGUAUAUACGACCGAUAGGUAAUCUUGCCUCCAUUUGUGUAAUAUAAGCUGUAUAUUUCAUAUCAUGGCCUAUUGUUAUCGUUAUUUAUGUUCUAAUCGAUAUUCAUUUUCCGAAAAGGGCACAAAAUUCAAUCAGAAAAUGAAAAAAUUGUAAUAUAAUAUACUUUCUUCCUUUGUCAGCUCUUAGACGGAAGAAAUAAAAAAUUCCGGAUAUUAUUAUAAAACUAGGAAAAAAGUUAACAGUUAAUUAAUAAUUAUCCUAAUUAAUUAGAUAAUUAUUAAUUUUUUUUUUGACAAUUAUCCUAAUUUAAUUCAAAAUUGAUUUCUAUAUUAACAUUUUAAUAUAAAAUAAAAAUGUUUAAAUAUUAUUUAACAAUAUUAUUUAAAUAUCAAUUAUUUUACAUUUCAAUUAUAUUUGAUUUAUUAAUUUUUAAUUAUUUAUUUGCAAAUUAAUUAAUAAAAAUCAGAUGAAAAAAUAAUUAUACAUUUUUUUUCUGAUUGAAAAUUAAAAAAUUUUGGACUCUUUUCGUGAAUGACGUUUCUUUUUUAUCGCUACGACGAUUAGCAUUAGCGUAGAACGUUAUAUUGUUAAUGCUUGUAUUGUGAAAAAAAAAAAAAAAAAAUCAACGCAAAACCUAUUAUUGUGCGAGCUGAUUCCCCUGUAAAUAAACCCAAAUAAACUCUUAUACCGAGUAUAAAAAAAUAUUGUUAUCAAUUUGAAUGCAAAAAAAUUUCAUAUUCAAAGAAAAAAAAAUUUUUUUUUUGUUGCCCAAAUUUGUAAAAUUUUAAAAAUCAGUCAAAAAUAAAUAUAGACUUAUUAUUUA